AUGAUUGUGAAAGUGAACUUAUCGGUCCUUGCGUUUGCCGCAACUCUCUUAUCUUCACACCAUUUGGUCUCUGCGCUUUCUGCGAACGAGAUCCCCUCGGAUACACCCAUCUCUUCUAUACUGGCAUCUGCCAAUGCUCAUUUGGCAAAAGGCGAAACGAACGAUGCUUUAUCUUACUACGAUAUUGCGAUCGCCCGCGAUCCAUCGAACUAUCUAAGCCAGUUCCGUCGAGGAGCUGCCUACCUGUCCCUUGGUCGAUUGGCCCAGGCUGCCCAAGAUUUUGAUAAUGUAUUGAUGAUUAAACCGGGACACGAACCGGCAUUAUCACAACGGGCGAAGAUUAGAGCAAAGAAUGGCGAUUGGGACGGAGCAAAGCAAGAUUAUCUUGCCUUGGGCUCUUCUCAUGGAGCCGAGGAGGAACUCAUAAAUCUAGCGGAGGCCCAAGGUGCUGCUAGUCUGGCAAUGGAUGCAGAGAAGAGCCAUAAUUGGGAAGAGUGUUUGACACAAGCUGGAGCUGCAAUCAUGGUUGCCUCCAAGGUGGUAUCACUUCGUAAAACUAGAGCACAUUGUCGAUUCGAGCGCGGGGAAGUUGAAGAGGGAAUGAGUGAUCUCAAGCAUGUUCUCCAAAUGCAGCCAGGACUUACGGAUCCCCAUCUCCUGAUUUCUACGAUUAAUUUCUACAACUUGGGAGAACUAGAACAGGGUAUGGACCAGUUGAGGAAAUGUUUGCGUUCGGAUCCAGAUUCAAAGAGCUGUAAGAAGUUGUAUAGGAGAGAGAAGAGCAUCGACAAAACUUUGGCCCAGGUUCAAAAGUGCUUUGAGAGGCAUCAGUACUCGAGUGGUGUGAAACUUCUCGUCCCAUCUGGGGAGGAGGCUGGUUUGGUUCAAGAGAUCAAGGAUGAUAUCAAGGAGUCUCGAGAGGCUGGCACAAUACCGGAACAUGCGCCGAAUAUUCUUGUCACUCGAAUUGUGGAAAUGGUUUGCCAGGCUUAUCACGAGACCAAAAAUGUCAAGAAAGCUGCUACAUACUGUGAUGAAGCUCUGUCGCUCAACGAAAACUCUCUUUAUGGACUUCUCCACAAAGCCCAACGCCAUAUGGAAGCGGAAAACUUCGAAGCUGCGAUAUCUGCCCUCAACACUGCAAAAGAACAUCACCCCGAUGCUAAGCAGAUAGGAGAGCUCUUACAGAAUGCUCAAGUGGAGUUGAAGCGAAGCAAAACCAAAGAUUAUUACAAGAUGAUAGGGGUUUCUAGAGAUGCGGAUGAGCUUCAGAUCAAGGCAGCAUACAGGAGAUCUGUAAAGAUAAAUCAUCCCGACAAGGCCCACAAGCAAGGAAUUAGCAAGGAAGAGGCUGAAAAGAAGAUGGCGGCCAUCAAUGAAGCAUAUGAAGUACUGAGUGAUCCUGAACUGAGGGCUCGCUUCGAUCGAGGAGAUGAUCCGAAUGAUCACGAGCAGCAAAGAGGCCAUCCGUUCCAAGGAGGUAGCCCAUUCGGUGGUGGUGGUCACCCUUUCCAACAUAGCGGUGGACAUCAAGGUGGUGGCGGUCAGCAAUUCAACUUCAAGUUUGGUCAAGGGGGAUUUAAUUUCGGUUAA